AUGAAGUUGUGGAUGCUACCUUUGCUCAUGGUGGGUUACUCUGAUGCAGCUAGGAUUUUGGCCUUCUUCCCGCUUGCGACUAAAUCGCACCACUAUGUCUUCAGGCCUGUCAUGGCUGCUCUAGGAAACAGAGGCCACGAGGUGGUCUAUUACACGGGGUACCCUUAUGAAGGAACGGUUCCGAAAGGAAUCCAACAGGUGGAUUUAUCCAAGGAACUGCCUGACUACCACUCUACCAUAAACUUGAUGGAUUUAGUCUACUCUAGUAUCAUCAAGGAUUUACAAACCCUUUACGGAUUCUCUUUUGUGUUAACACCAUUUAUUUUGGAAAGUCCGAAGGUUCAGAAACUGAUACACUCAGAUGAGAAGUUUGAUGCUGUAUUGUCUGAAUCUUACUUUAUUCAGGAAUACAUAUCUGCGUUUAUACACAAGUUCAACGCUGUAGGAAUCGACAUUGUUUCCUUAGGUGACUCCGGAUGGAUGAACGAACUGGCUGGACUGCCAGACAACCCUGCCUACCAAGUAGACUUCAAAUCAGAGUUGACCCAAAAUAUGAACUUCUGGCAGAGAGUGUACAACAUGUACGUGUAUGCGGUGACCACUAUUGGUGGUUACUACUACAUGAGCGAAAUGGAAAGAUUUGUCGACCAGUAUUUCAACUACACGGGGCACGAGAGCAGGCCUCCUUUCAUGCAACUUUUGUCUAACCGAAGUCUCAUCUUGGUGAAUUACCACAAUGUCGUGGGUUACCCUGUGCCGAAGCCACCCCAUAGGAAGGACGUUGCUGGUGUUACUAUCACACCUAGGAAACCUCUACCCAAGAAAAUGCAAACAUUAAUGGACGAAGCAGUAAACGGUGUCAUUUACUUCUCCCUCGGAUCUAACGUAAAUGUUUCACACCCUGCAAAUAGAAAAGUUAUCGAUGCAUUUAUGAAGGUCUUCAAAACGUUGCCUCAAAAUAUUCUUAUGAAAUGGGAAUCGGCAACAUAUGAGGGGCAACUUCCGAAAAAUGUUCAUUUGGAGAAAUGGUAUCCGCAGCAAGAUGUUUUGGCACACAAAAACACUGUUCUCUUUAUCACCCAUGGCGGUUACCUCAGUCUUCUUGAAGCGGUGCACUUUGGUGUCCCAGUGAUAGGAUUACCCUUUUUCGGAGACCAGGCAAAGAAUUUCCGCUUCGCUGAAGAAGCCGGCAUAGGGAAAAUGCUCAGGCUUGCGGAAAUAAACUACGAUAAUGUAUCAAGAAUGGUGAAGGAAAUUCUGUCAAAUAAAACGUACAAAGAAGAAAUGGCAAGAAGAUCUAAAAUCUUCCGUGACAGGGCUGUGGAACCUCUUGACGAAGCGGUAUUCUGGAUUGAGCACGUCAUCAAGUAUCCAGACGUCCUUAAGCCGACUGCAACCAGUUUGUCAUUCAUCCAGCUGCACCUUAUAGAUGUUAUGUUGUUCAUCAUUGCUGUGUUUUUAGGUGUUGUGAUCAUAGCUUGGAAGUCAAUAAAAGUUUUAUUUAGGGUUUUCAAUAAGAAAACUAUGCAUAAAAAAGAGAAAAGAAGCUGA